GCCCCAACAAAAGGAUCUUCUUUCGCUAAAAAGACAUUUUGACGAUGGUGACCACUACCGCUCAGUUCGCGUUGCGCUCUCUGCAGUCGCUCUUUGCGCUUCUAGCCAUCAUCUUCACCUGGGGUGGCUACGUCAAGAACGACGACGGGCAACUCGGUGGACUCUCACCGGAAUUCAGUAUCCUGAUGAAUUACACGGCGCUCCUGACAGGGCUGUACUACGUGCUGCCGGUCAAGGUCUACAAGUGGACAACCGUAGCACCGUCGACCUUGUUCCAGCGCCUAACAGACGGUGCCCUUGUGGUGCUUUUGCUCCUUAGUGGCAUUCUACUGUGGGCUUCGUCCGGUGUCAAGGACUGCUCCGAGAAAAAUGACGAGUAUGAGGCGUACGCCGGUCUGCAGCUUUUCCGUUGCGGUAAUUUAACGAUGGGCGUCAUCUUCACGUUCAUCACCUUCGCACUGUUCCUCGGCUCGCUGGUCUGGGGUUUCUUUGGUAACAACUCCACCGGCCAGGCCGAGGUUGGAGCUAGCUACGCUGAGGUCACGACUCCGAGUGCUGCACGUGCUGAGGCUUACUCAGCCGCGGAUUCACGCCAUCCGGUGCUGGCCAUCGCUCGUCGCGGUAGUCGCUUUAUUCAGUUUGUGCUUUCGCUCAUCAUCUUUAUCAGCACUGUGGCGGGAUACAAGCACUACUUCACGGGUCGCUUCAUGAGCCCCGUCGCCAUGUUCAUGGUGCUUGUGUCGUGGAGCUGCGUCCUGUACACGCUCUUCCAUCUCGUCGUCGUCGACAUCCUCAAGAAGUCGCACCGUCCGAGUGUGAGCGUCGAACGCGUCGUGGACCUUUUUCUGAGUGCUCUUCUGUUGCUGUUCGCAAUUCUCCUCGCAGCGUCGCACCAGGUUGACCAUUGCGACACCAUCAAUGCCAAGUAUGAGGCGGACGCGGGUUCGCUUGGCGGCACCAGCGUCUACCGCUGCGGCAGUCUCACGCGCGCCUACGUGCUGGCAUUCAUCGACUGCAUCUUCUUUCUGGCCACCUUCGCGCUCAGCUUCGGCGGCUCCUGCGACAGCGAGCCCGUCCUGCAUCACGUCGACGUCGAACCUGGCCAGCAGUAGUUCGCGUACAGUACAACUUCAACUUGCCUAACCUUUUUCUACAUCCACUCUCUUGACGGCGUCGCUAAUACAUGUAACACGUACUGUACUUCGAAGUAAGCAAACACCAAGACCGAUAAAGAUACAUGUGUUAGCUUAUCUUUAAAGUUCUUUUCAGAUGUCUAAACAUCAAAUUGGAGAAGAAAUCCGUUUUACUUUUUUUUUAUUUUCUUUCGCGUGACAAUAAUGACACUGCAUGCUGUCUGCGUACUACAUGUAGACCGCUUUAGCUACUGUGAACACUACUCAUGCUGACUCAAUAUCCGACACAAGAGAUCAAGUGUUUGAGCAAACAGAAGGGAUUCCCUCUGUACUGUACACGUCACCUUGUCUGACACGCUUUACACUUGCUGGCCUGCGUCCGAAGCGUGCGUCUCACCCGAGUGGUUGCUGUCGGCAUCGCUCGAAGUCGAGGUGGAGCGGUACAGGAAGCUCAGCGCGAACGUCACAAGGUACAGAGCCACCGCGAUGAAGCUGAAGAUGUAGCCAGUGUUCAUGCUGCCGCAGCGGAACAGCGUCGAGCCGUGGUAUACCGCAAAGGACGCGUUUGUAGUGGAGCAGUCCGAGACUUGCUUCGACGAGGCGAAUAGGAUACCGGCAACCAGGAGACCAGCAGCAAUCAGGACGUCCAUGAAGCGCUCGACCCCCACAGUCGGGUGACGCGACAGCUUCAGCGUUUCAACUGCCACCAUGUGCCACAGCGAAUACAGGACACCGCUGUAAGCCAUGAGAAUGGCAUAUGUCGCCUUGGGCUCAAGGUACUGGCCCGUAUAGUAGUGCUUGUAGCCCAGCACAAUGCACACAAGUGCCACCACAGAGCACCCGAACUGGAGCGUACGGCCAGUGCAGCGAACGAUCUUCAGCCCCGGGUGCUGGGCGUCCAAGUCCACCGUUGCCUGUGCGCUCGACUGUCCGUCCUUCUUGCCUGGAGUGGUGGCAAUUGCGUAGCCGUUGUCGUCAGUCAGAGCAGUCUGCAGAUUGUCGCCAUGCACCGACUUCCACGUGUCACGCACGAAGCUCCACACCAGCGUCACCAGGAACAGUCCACACGUUACAAACGUCAAGACAAUGGCAGUGGUCAUGUUGCCACAGCGGAAAAGUGCCGAGCCGUGGUAAGUCUCGAACAUGGUGCUGUACGACGAGCAGUCCUUAACUGCGUCGGACUUUGCGUGCACGAUACCGGCGACCAGGAGCGCGAUCGCCAAAGCAGCAUCAACGAUGCGCUGGUACAGCACCCUGGGGGCGCUGGAGGUCAGCUUGAGCACGCCAACCGGAAUGACGUAGUAGAGACCGCAGAGCAUGGCGGAGUAGCAGGCGAUGGUGGUGUAGAUGGCAGAUCCGCUGCUCAAUUGACCAGACGUGAACUUGAUGUAUCCAAGUGAAGUGAAGAUCAUGGCCAGCACGGCACACAGCGCCUGAAGCGCACGGACACCGAGGCGACCAGACGAAUGUUACGCAGUGGUCAUCACUAAGGUUUGAUGCUGAGAAGCUCGAUCGAUGUAAAGCU